AUGACUGGGAGGCCUGACGAAGCCUCGCCAUUGCAGAGCUCUCCUUGCUGCAAGUCGACCACAUUGGCCAGCUUGACCUUGUACAGAUGCCAGAGACAGUCUGAGUCCGCCCGGCAGUCAAACAUCAGCUUCUCCCGGCCAGGGUCCUCCAGUAAUUCCUUAAGGCCCUCAUCGAAGACCUUGGCUCCAAGGGCCUUAAUAUCACACAGAUCUGCGGGCUCAGUGGAAAAGGUCGACUUCGAGAUUGUAGAUCAGGAGGAUCAGAUACAACCGGCCUUAACCAGAAUCCGUGAUGAUAUCGGUGAGACCCUGUCGGUCAACUGCGAAGGGGAGGACCUCAGCCGCAGAGGAAAGCUCUCCCUGGUUUGUGUGGCAUCAGCACUGGGAAAAUACACCUUCCUGUUUGAUAUCAAGACCCUUGGAGCCAAGGUCUUCGAUGAGGGCAUGAGGGAGAUACUGGAGGACCCUGGCCGGGAGAAGCUGAUGUUUGACUGCCGACAGGACUCGGAUUGUCUCUGGCAUCAGUACAAGGUCAAGCUAGCAAAUGUCUUGGAUCUCCAACCUAUCGAGGUGAUAUUCAGAGAGCUUCGCGCCAGGAAACCAGACCGCAAGCGUCUGGUGUCGGGGUACAUGCGCUGCCUGCAGAACUACCGGGGAUCGGCACAGGCGAGGCUGAUACAGCUGAAGACAGCGUGCAGGCCGCUGAUGGCAAACUCGGGAAGGGUGUGGAUGGAGCGGCCGAUUCAAAACAAGUUGCUGGAUCUUGCAGCCUUGGGCAUUCAAGGUUAUUAUCCCCUCUUCCGGCAUAUGACUUGCCUCGGCAACAACCAGGCCAGGUACGCGUCUCAGAAGUACGUAGAGUUCCUUAGAGAGCGCGAGGUUCGCCUUUACGACAAGUACGAGAGGAAUGCGUACUUGCCGUGGCGCGUUAUUCCAAGGAGCGGGGACGCGUCGGGGGUGUACAGCGAGGAGACUGUGUGCGUUGGCUGCAAGCGCAGUUUCCCGCGCUCCGAUUUCAGCUCUGUAACCGCGGGAAAUCAAAGAUGUCCCGUGUGUUUGAAAGUCUAUUAUGAAAACUAAUUAAAUCGGGCAGAUCUAGUAGCUAUAGUGUCGAGUCGGCCAAUCUUAAAUCGAAAGAAACGAACCUGCAAGCAAAACUUGAAGGUUGUAGGCCAUUAAGAUGCUAGGCCAUUAAGACUUGCUCUGAUGAAAAUAUUUUUUUUUAAAGUCAUCUCAGUUAUUAAAAAAAAAUCUCACAAUAUUUCGAAGAUGUCCAAAAUAAAAAAAAACACAUGGGCCAAGGUAUGCAAGCACUUAUGAGAAAUAAUGGCGCGGCUUCUUUGUGUUUCCAUGGUAAUUUCGUAUACUGAUUGCUUGCUUUAUAUUUGUAUUUUGUCUGCAUUGUGAUUUACUUUGGAUCUUAAUGUUAAUGGUUUAAAGUUCUAAGUAUGGAUGUGUUUUUUAUGGUGUUUUUUAAACAAGUAUCUAUUUUUGUGUUUAUAGCUUAGUUUACUUUGGUAAGACUAAUCAUUGAUGGGCUUUUUUUUAUGAAGUUGUGUCUGUGACAUAGCAAAUUAAAGUUUGUAUUCAUACCGUAUUGUUUUAUAUUAAUACAUAUAUAUAUAUAUAUAUAUUAAAUCAGUACGAUUUAUUCAUACUGCCUAAACCUAUACGCAAAAGCCUCGAUAGAGGGCGCAAUACCUGUCACCCGCUCGAUUUCGCAAUUUUAUUGGAUUAAGCUACACAAGCGAAUGAAUUUUUUUACAAACCGAAACCGUCGUAAAUUAAAGUGUGAAUGACAAAACUUUUGUUUAAGAAAUUCUUUUUUUUUAUGUUGUGAGCAGUUAUAGUUAUUAAAGAACUGAUUA